UGAGUAGUAUCUGACUCUGACUCGGAGUUCGGAUCGUCAACAUUGCCAUGGAGAAGGAAGAGAGUAGCACGAGUAGCAUCGAUCCUUCUUCCUUCAAGCUUCUAGUGUCGUGUCCUUCUGGUCUUUCACCCGCACAGGUUUCCGUGGCAUUUAGCGACGCCUACGAUCGGAUCCCUCACUCUGACGUCAGCUUAGAGAACACGAUCAUUGAGAUAUGGGAGCAGAGGAGUCUGAAAAACAAAUCGCUGUUCAAUGGAAAGAAGUUCAGGUAUGGAGGGUGUGUUUUGCACUCUGGAGGUGGAUCUGACCAUGAACCCCAUUUGUGCCUCCACCUGGGUUUGACAGAUUAUAGGACUUUUGUGGGUACAAAUUUAAGUCCAUUGUGGGAAAGGUUCCUAGUUCCAUCAGAAGAUGAUUCCGUUCUUUGUCAGCGUACCUCCAGUCCACUAGGAAAUGGUGCAGUGGUGGAGACAAUUGACAAAAAGAUACUUGUAUUACAACGAAGUGAUAAUGUUGGUGAAUUUCCUGGACAUUUUGUUUUCCCCGGAGGCCAUCCUGAGCCUCAAGAAAUUGGUAUAGCGUCCCAUCAAUACGACAAGGAGUCAAUGGAGUCUAUUAACAUUGAGGUUUCACGGGAGAUGUUUGACAGCAUUGUUCGUGAAGUAGUUGAAGAAAUUGGAGUGCCAGCUUCAUCCCUUAGCAUCCCGGCUUUCAUUGGUAUAUCUCGCAGGGAUUUGAAUGUGAGACCGGCUGCCUUUUUCUUUAUCAAAUGUAGUCUUGACUCAAAGGAGGUUCAACAGUUUUAUUCUAGCGCACAAGAUGGCUAUGAAUCAACUCAGCUAUAUGCUGUUCCAAUGGUUGAAUUAGAAAACAUGACUUCUAAGAUGCCUGGCUGUCAUCGAGGUGGAUUUGCUCUGUACAAAUUGAUGGUUGACACCAGGAAGAUUACUUGAUGGAAGUUUAUAGAGCUCACAGUUGUCAAGCAUGGUGUUGUAUUACAUGGCUUCAAGUCUCUUUCCUGUGUAAUGUAGUUUGAUGUUGACAUUGCUGAGUUGAACCUCGAUUUCCCCACCCAAUGAAAAGAAUCGAGACAGAAUUUAACCGAGCUCAAAUCUUUCACAGGAAUUUUAUAUAGAUGUUCUUUAAAAUACAUUAUAGUAAUGCUUCAGUUCAAUUCAUGCCCAAAUAAAAUGAAUAAGCCAAUCCAAUGCUGUAUUUUUGUUCUA